AGUUGAUGCUUAUUGGUUGUUGAGCUGCUGCGUGUCCGCGGGGUAUAUUUCCGUUUCGAUACAAGCAGAGCGGAAGUAGCAGGAUGUUGGGGGAUUUGCUGCUGUUCGGGACUCUGAUGGUCAAUGCCGGAGCAGUGUUAAACUUCAGGCUGAAGAAGAAGGAGAGUCAGGGCUUUGGUGAAGAAGGAAGAGAACCAACAACAGGUGACAAUAUCAGGGAAUUUCUGUUAAGCUUAAGAUACUUUCGGAUCUUCAUUGCACUAUGGAAUAUUUUCAUGAUGUUUUGCAUGAUUGUGCUGUUUGGAUCUUAAACAACUUUGACUGAACUGGCAACAAUACAUGUUAAUCUUUGGUAAUUUGCAGAUGACUUCCAACCGGAAAUAUGAAAUACUCCUAAGUAAAACAUUUAGCAACUUUUUAGUACUGAGCUCUGGCUUAUUUUUACUACAGAUGUCAAAGGAACAUUCACUAUUCUUCUUUUUUCCCUUUUCUUGUUUUUCUCCUGGUUUUUGUGUCUUUUGUUAUUUGGCUAGUGAACAUAUAAUGAUGAACUUUCAGGCCUGUGAAGGGGGUACUUGGGCCAGGCUUGCAGGCAUGACAACCAUGGAGAACAGAGCUUUUGUAUGAAGAAAUGAAGAGAUGUAAGAAGAAAUACAUGUUGAAACUUCAUGAUACAAGUGCAAAAAUGGAAGAAUGUGCAUUGCAAUGCAUGCUUUAUCAGUCAUGUGAUUUAAAUUUAGCAUUUAGCUCCCCUAAAAGAAAAAAAAUAGUUAGGAGAAAAUGAUAAAAGAAUUGUUUUGUGCACAAAUGAGAAAAACAAAACUAUACUCCUUGUUGCUUUCAAGUAAUACCAUAUAGUAUUUAAGAAUCUGCGUUCCACUCUUUGCUGACCAGAAAAACAAUUUACACUAGGUCUUUUUUCUGUUCCUGAUCAGGGGAGAGAGAUGCAGAAAGUAAAUUGAUGUCCAAAAGCAGUUUCUAGGAUUGGUAUGUUGUGUACAAGACCUGCUGUAUGACUCUCUACCAAAGGACAAUAGCUGAUAAAUAUCUCUUAUUCUUAUAAUAGUGAAUUGGAGUAGACCCAGGUAGUUAGCCAGCAUAAAUAUCUGAGGGGAUGUCAAUGUCUGAAGCAGUUCAGUCUGUAAUGAUGCUUAAAAUGGGAGGAUAUCCCUGGGCGGUUAGAGUAAUUUCUGAAUCAUCUUUCUGUUGAAUAUCUGGAGAUUUUCUUACCUUAUGUAUGAAGAGAUUGAACAUCUGGACUCAAAGUUCUAGCAAAAUAAAUACAAUGAAUAUUCUCUA